GUCAAUAACAUAAUAUCAUGUACCUACCUAGUUGUGGUUGUUUUCAAGGUUGUUUUGAGUUAUUUUUAUAUUUUUGUUGACCAAGCCACGGCCAAGCGAACCACACAAAUUUUGAUAAUAAUUUUCAUAAACUAGACAACUAAUUAAUAUAGAAAACAUAAAACGGUUUGCUUCCAGAAAUGGCAAAGAGAGCGAAUCCCUUCAUUGAAGACUUUGUGCAGCAAAGAAAAAUUCACGUUGGAUUAAAACAAUUUAAUAAUAAUAACGAAAGGCUUGAAAAAGUUUAUAAAAGAAUGCUGGAUAUAUUAUUUAAGGGUGCCAAGAAAGCCCAGCAAGAUAACAACAAAAUAGAAGUGGUGGUUAACAAUAAGAAAGAUAGUCUCAAACAACUGUUCUUGGCUGCUGAUGGGACACUCUUGCAUUCUGGUGAAAUGGUGAAGGUUACAGCAUCCCUGUCAUGUGUAUGUGGUGAUGACACUACAGAUAAAUGUGCAUAUUGCGAGGCAGCCCUGUGCGCGCGCUGUGAGCGGCCGUGUACACGCUGCGGACAUGUGUACUGUGCAAGAUGUUCUAUAUUUGAGGCUGAAGGAACAGAAGUAUGUGUGUCUUGCUAUGGCUGAAACAUUGAUUUAAAUAUACUUGUGAACAUGUGGGAGGAAAAGGACAAUGUUUCCCAAGAUAGUGAUAUAGGGUUUCUUAUGGGUGGAUUUUAGUCACAGGGUUUUGUAUUAUAAUAGUAAAUGAAUAGGGGUCAGUGUCCAAACCUAAAUUAUAUUAUGACAUAGUAGAUGAUGUUGUGAAGUGAGAUUAAAUCUUUGUUCUAAAUAAUAUAUUGUUGUAAAGUUGUGUUAAAGGCGGGAACUUCUACUAUUAAAUAAUAAUUUAAAAUAUGUUUUUAAGUUUCAUGUUCUAAUAUUUUUGUCUAAUCGUUGACUAUGUAUGUAUGCAUAAAAUAUAGGAAUAUAAUUUUAAAUGAAAUAAAACAAGUUACAUCCACAA